UACCAUGGUGCUCCAGUAAUGAAGAGCCUCGUCACAGUUUGGCCCCCGCUAGUGCUGGUAACCAGAGACAGGCAGAAGGAUGUGUCUCCCACACAAGAAAAUGUCGAAGUCACUAAAGAAGAUCGUGGAGGAGACGAAGGAUAAGAAUCUCACCGAGGUGGACAUGUGUGACCGAGGAGUCUCAAACAUGCUGGACAUUCCUGGAUUAUUCACCUUGUCAAACAUAACUCAGAUUGUUCUGAGCCACAACAAGCUGCCGGCUGUGCCUCCAAACAUUGCCGACCUGAAGAACUUGGAGGUGCUGAACCUGUUCAACAAUCAGAUAGAAGAACUGCCGACUCAGAUCAGCAGCCUUCAGAAACUCAAACACCUGAAUCUGGGCAUGAACAGGUUAAGUACCCUGCCCAGAGGUUUCGGGUCUCUGCCAGCGCUGGAGGUCCUGGAUUUGACCUACAACAACCUGAACGAGUCGUCACUGCCAGGAAACUUCUUCUAUCUCACCACCCUGCGCGCACUUUAUCUCAGUGACAACGACUUUGAGAUCCUGCCCCCAGACAUUGGCAAGCUGGCUAAGCUACAGAUACUGAGUCUGAGGGACAACGACCUGAUCUCCCUGCCGAAAGAGAUUGGAGAGCUAGCCCAGCUGAAGGAGCUGCACAUUCAGGGCAACAGACUGACUGUCCUGCCACCUGAAUUAGGUAAUCUGGACCUGACCGGCCCGAAGCAGGUGUUUAAGGCUGAGAAUAAUCCCUGGGUGACUCCCAUAGCGGAUCAGUUUCAGUUGGGUGUCUCCCACGUCUUUGAAUACGUGCGCUCCGAGACCUACAAGUAUCUUUACGGGCGACACAUGCAGGCGAACCCCGAACCUCCCAAAAAUAACAACGAUAAAUCAAAGAAGAUCAGUCGCAAACCCCUGGCUGCCAAAAACAAGUGAGACUCUGGAGGGUGGAUGAGGAAUCCCUGUCUGCCUGUUCGAGCCGGACCGCUCUGCAUGUGCCUUCCUUCACUUUUCUAUUUAUUUACCAAAAACAACACGUCAUUUUAUACCAGUGAAGUUCCUGUGUUGUACGUGUGUGGCCUCACCGUGCUUCAGGUCUGAUCACGAGUAUAUCGAGCUCCUGCUUCUUUCUGGCUUCCUCUGCUACAAAUAAUCUAGAUUAUCACGAACUGCGUACAAAUGCUGCACGUCCAUACGGUUUGUUUUAUGCUUCCUGAUCUUUAUAUAUUCGUUUAUCCUGAAGUAAAUCCUCCUGAGGGGUGAAUAUUUUGUACUAUGAUUUUUAUAUUAUUAUAAUUUUUGAUUUGUUAAAGUUGGACAGUAUUUCAGUAAACGUCAUUUCAUAUCAAAUUUACUUUUGUCUAGAAUUUUGUCUAACUGAACGUUCAAAAAUGUAACAAACUGAUGUUUUAUUUCUGUUCUGUCAAAAUAUUUAACAGUAUUUUUAUUUUAAAGCUGCAGUAUGUAACAUUUAACACUACUACACAGACGCAUCUUUAUUUUCCAUUUUAAAUACGCUUACAUUGCACUUGUAUGUAAUCAUGAAUAAGAUUGUUGUAUUAAAUAAGGACUUUUAGAAGGUACCCUAAAUGUAAUCAGGGUAAAACUUAGAGCAUCAGAGUCGUUUGUGAGGAGAAAUGUAAACCAUCCUUCCUGUUUUCUCAGUGAUAUCAGAAAUUCUGUCUCAUCGUGUUCUGUAUAUACUGAGGUGACCAAAAAAAUUUUUAACACUUUAAUAGACGUAAAUAGACCUAUGGAAAUACACCGACUAGGCAUAACAUUAUGACCACGGACAGGCGAAGUGAAUAACACUGAUUAUCUCUUCAUCAUGGCACCUGUUAGUGGGUGGUAUAUAUUAGGCAGCAAGUGAACAUUUUAUCCUCAAAUUGUGAUGGCUAGACGACUGGGUCAGAGCAUCUCCAAAACUGCAGCUCUUGUGGGGUGUUCCCGGUCUGCAGUGGUCAGUAUCUAUCAAAAAUGAUCCAAGGAAGGUAAACCGGCGACAGGGUCAUGGGCGGACAAGGCUCAUUGAUGUACGUGGGGAGGGAAGGCUGGCCCGUGUGGUCCGAUCCAACAGACGAGCUACUGUAGCUCAAAUUGCUGAAGACGUUAAUGCUGGUUCUGAUAGAAAGGUGUCAGUCUCCAUGCCUCGACUGGUCAGGGCUGUUUUGGCAGCAAAUGGGGGACUAACACAAUAUUAAGAAGGUGGUCAUAAAGUUAUGCCUGAUCGGUGUAUACAGAGGUGGCCAAAAAAUGUAAACACACUUUAAUAGAUGUUAACAGUUAUACUGCUGUAAGGUAAAACAUCACAAAGGUUUUUAAUUUUAAAUGUGCAGCAGGUCUUGGAGUUGGUUCUUCAACAAGUUUUUGCACUUUUUAAACUCUAUUUAUUAACUUUUUAACACCAUCGGCAAAAAUAGUUUUUGGUUGAGUGUGUAGCCACUGAUGCAGUGCUGCUUUCACAUCAUCAUCACAUGAAAAUCUUCUUCCCCUUAAAGCUUCUUCAAGCGUCCAAAAAGGUGGGAAUCAGAUGGAGCUAAAUCCGGACUCUCUCUCAGACACGACCGAUUACUACUCCUCCCACCCUCACCGCUUAUAACCAAAAUAUAAAAGUGCAGAAACUUUUUGAAGAUCCCUCGUAUAUCAUACAUUAUCUUGUAAUUGGACAGGACAAACCUAAACAUUUAUUGAUUAGUGAUUGUUUUAUUAGGACUUUAACGUCAUGUUUUACACUUUGGUUACAUCCAUGACAGGAACGGUAGUUACUCAUUACACAAGAUUCAUCAGUUCACAAGGUUAUAUCGAACACAGUCAUGGACAAUUUUGUAUCUCCAAUUCACCUCACUUGCACGUCUUUGGACUGUGGGAGGAAACCGGAGCACCCGGAGGAAACCCACGCAGACAUGGGGAGAACAUGCAAACUCCACACAGAAAGGACCCGGGCCGCCCCAUCUGGGGAUCGAACCCAGGACCUUCUUGCUUCUUAGCCACCGUGCCACCCCUAUUGAUGAGUGUAGCUGCCUUUGUUGUACACAAUUAUGACUUAGAAUUAGUCCUAUUAUGGGCGCUCGGGUGGGGUAGCGGUAAAGCACACUACACCACCGGCGCUGACAUGCUGAGUUUCGGCUCUGCUGACAGCCGUCCGGGUGCCUUUACGGACAAUGAUUGGCUAGUCUGAGGGAGGGAGGGACAUAGGGAUUCGUCAUACCUGCUGCUGAGUGUGUGACUCUCCGUGCGUGCUACGGAUCCCCAUAUGAACCUUUCUGGUGCAGGUGAAAAGAAGCGGUCAGCUACUGCACACAUGUCAGAGGGGGCGUGUGUAAGUCACGGCUCUCAGUCAGCAGUGGAGGUCUUCAGCAGUUGAGGUGGAAAUACAAAUCAACCAUUGGAUAUGAUUGUAUGACAACACUGGGAGUGCAUACAAAAUAAAAAGCUCUAUUAGAGAAAUCUUAUUUUUAAAUUUUAAGACUUGGGUUUUAGUAGAGUGUAACAAUAUUACUGUAUUUUCUUACAAAAAGAAAGGUAAAUGCAAUACUUAGUUAAAUACAGACUAUUUUAUUUUACUAUUUUUUAUACAGAUUAAGUAUGAGGAUCCCACCUGACUAUUUAAUUCAAGUCAAUCAACAAAGGACCCAGCUUUCCUCAAGAGCAGUUUUUUUUCCCUCUAUUGCUGAUCUUGUCGGUGGAGCUGUUGCAUAACUCGAGGGGAUUAUAGAAGGGGUUUGGGGUCUUAGAUCAACAUGUGCAGAAUCGUUUCUCUCUCUUUCUCUUUGCUAUACCUCUUGUCUUUUAUGGCUAAUAUAAAUGGCUGCAAACAAACAAAGUGUUGAAAGCUUUCUGAAAUGUAGAUUAGUCCUAGCAGCUUUGAACAACGGACCACUGAAGUCAUGGUGCUGGUGUUUAUUUAGCUUCGUUUGUUUGAAUGUGCUCAGUGUUGUUCUGUACUGUACCAGAUUGAUUUCUACACUCACGUCUACACCAGCAGCUUUAAGUCACAGAACGUUUCAUUAUAAUUGUCAUUUUUAUGUAUUUGUGUCACGUUUGGCUUUAAUUUCCUCACCGUAUGCCAUGUGUAUUAGUCUAUAACCAGUUUAAAUAAAAUCUGUUGGUGCAUUUUG